GGCAGUUCCGCGGAUGCCGAUGGUGGCAUUCGAGCUGAAAAUAAGCUCAGAAUACACGGAAUAUAGCUCAGUUUUGAAACAGUACAUACGGAGCCAUUACAAUGAAGAUCCAUCAGAAUACAGCAAUGAGUGCACAGAGCUAGAUAAUUUACGUCAGAGCGCAACACGUAUCUCACAAGACUUUGUAGGAUGCAAGACAUUGAAGCGUUACUUCUGCCAGCUCCAGAACCUGCAAUCAAGGUUCCCUAUGGGAGAUGGAGGGGACUGUGCUGUUCAUUUUACAUGGGAUGACAUAUACACUGGUAGGCCUGUGACAGUUGCUGAUGUAAAGUUUGAGCAGGGAUGUAUCUUGUAUAAUAUUGGAUCGCUGCAUGCCAUUCUGGGAGCUAUAGACAACAGACAGACAGCAGAGGGCAGGAAGAUGUCCUGUACACAUUUCCAGUGUGCAGCUUGGGCCUUUGAGCAUCUGAGGGAUCAUUUCGCUAGUGUUAUGAGUGUAGAUAUGACUCAUGAUCUACUAACAUUCAAGUACAAUCUCAUGCUGGCACAGGCCCAGGAGUGUAUCCUAGAGAAGUCUAUGAUUGACAACAGGAAAAGCACUAUAACAACAAAGGUGGCAUGCCAGAUCGUUGACUACUACAGACAGGCCCUCAAGUACCUAGAGUCCAGUAAUGCCAGUAAUAUAGUGGGCUCCAGAAAAUACAAGGACUGGAAGAGGCGGCUAGAGCUGAAGAUGAAGUUCCACGAGUGUAUCAUGUAUAUCUACCUUAGCAACCAGUCUGAGGAACAACAGAAAUGGGGCGAGAGGGUCACUUACCUCAAAACUGCAUCAAGCAAACUGGAGGAAUGUGACAAAUUAGGAAAGGGUGAUGUCGAAGAAAUACACGAAUCACUGAGGUUCACAAGAGAUGUGGUAGUCGGGAAGUAUGAUGCUGCUAAGAAGGAUAAUGACUUUGUCUAUCAUGAGAAGGAACCAGCUCUUGAUUCGCUACCAGAACCGAAAGGUGCCAAAUUGGUGAAUGGCAUAGCCUUCAAUGCAUCAGACCCUGAAGUAUGCGGCAUAGAUAUAUUUCACAAGCUGGUCCCCCUCGAGGCUCAUGAGUCUUCCUCUCUCUACAGCGAGGAGAAAGCGAAACUCUUACGUCGAGUCGGCUCUGAGGUAGAGGAAAAAAAUCAAGAACUUGGGCAAUUUAUGUCAUCACUUCAAGUUGAGAACUUGAAGUCUGCUGGAGGGGAGCCAGAGAGGCUACCUCAGACUUUGUUAGAGAAAUGUGCCCUCAUAAGUGUAAAACCCAAUGCCGUCAAAGAUCUUGUGACCUCAAUGCAAGCACUCUCGGGCAAGUCUCUUGAUGUUGAGUGUGAAAUUAAAGAAAUAGAAGAGUUGAUAGCAAAUGAGCAGAAACAGGAGGAGGAAUUUCAGGCCAUGUUUGGGAAGCGAUCUAUACUUGUGAUAAUCCCUGAGGCUGCUAAGGAAUGUAGCAAGUUCAAAGAGGUUCACACUGUGGCCAGUCAGUCCAACAGUGAACUACAUAAAGCUAUGAAUACACAUACCACAAACCUGAAGCUAUUGAGUGGACCCCUUGAGGAGCUCCAAGCAGCUAUUCCCACUGCACAGCAAAGUGAAGAAGAUGUUGCAUCAGUGAACGAAAUGUUACGACUGGUUAGUAAAGUUGAUGAGAUGAAGAGUCAGCGAGAAAUGUUGAUGGAACAGUUUCGUACCCAAGUACACAAAGAUGACAUCACAUCUUCCUUGGUAACACGAGAAGACAAGGGGAAUGAGGAAUUCUUCUUAGAAGAGAUCAAGAAACAUGACCAGCUUGUUGGUUUGAUCCAACAGAACCUUAAGGCCCAGAGCAACAUUCUACGUGCCCUAACUGAGGCAAAUGCCAACUACGCAACAGCACGACGUGCAACUGGAGCCGCAGAUAAGAACAAACAAACUUUCAUAAGCAACCUGAUAUUAUCCUAUGAUGUUUAUGAAGAUCUGCUCCAAAAAUCUAAAAAAGGAAUUGAAUUUUAUGAAAAGUUGGGGAAGAAUGUGUCAAGACUGUUGUUGAGGAUUAAGGGAGUGUGUAAGGCCCAGAAUGAAGAGAGGGAAAUGAUUAUUGAGAGACAUAAACCUAAAGGUCCCCCUCCGAGCAGACCUACAGCCCCAAAGCCUGGUGAAGCCCCAGAAGCUGGUACUGCCCCUGUAGCACCUGUCGGCUUAUCCAAUGUGGCUCCUACUAAUAUUGCUCCCCCUAAUACAUCUCUAGCAACUUCUAUUGCCCCUGGGUCAGCACCUGAUUCAAUGGAAGCCUCAAUGACACUACCCCCUUUGGACCCUUCUGGUGGCCCAGCUCUCACAUUGAAGGAUUAUCUCCCAUUUAUGAAACCUAAAACAUUUGGGAAUAAAAAAGGUGGACCUCCAGGGGGUGGGGCCCCAGGUGGUGGAGUAGCUAAUGUACCAGUUGUAUCAGGAAUGUAUCCUAAUAUGGGGGAGACACAGCCAACAAAUCAACAUGGAUCUCCUGUCCUUCAACAUAAAGUUGGUACACAACAGCCUAAUAUGGGAGCACAGCAGCCAAAUAUGGGAGUACAACAGCCAAAUAUGGGUGCACAGCAGCCUAAUAU